CAAAUUUUUCAUAUACUUAGUGAAAAAUGGACCAGAAUAGGUCAAGAUUCAGUCAAGAAGAGUUUCUUACAUAAAGAGAUGAGUGUGAUUUUCAAAUCUGAAUUGGCUACACAUAUCUUGUUCAACCUUGAAUUUCAAUCAUACAUUUACAAUUUAUGUGGUUUAGUGGUCCAUAUUUUGGAUUCUUGUUUUAUUGAUUAUUUUCUUACAGUAGUCAAAAGAAGCAGAAUAGACUAAGGAAUCUAAUAGUGGCCUCUAGGUCAAAUACAAAGGAUAAAAUGAACUUUAUUUUGAAGAAAAACAAAUUAAAGAGAAUAUUUGGUCAUUUGCUUUCAGAUCUACCAUAAGUGAAAUCAGGUGUUAAUAAAUAUCUAUCAUUGUGAAGUUGUGGUCAAGGUGAGGUAUCAAUAGCCUUUACUGUUACAUUCUGCCUUCAACUAUACCACAAAAAUUCAAAUAUUUAGUGCUUAGUACUUUCACUAUUUAGGUAGACCAACAUAUUGCAAAACAUACAAAGCAAGCUCCUAGCUAGUACAAAUGCUUUUGUAUCAGAAAGUCCACUUAUCAACCACUUUGAAUCACAACUAUGUAACUGUGUCUGGCUUCCAGGACUAAUUAGCUUCUAGAAAGGAAGUUAUAUAAAGCAUAGAACCGAACAGUUCUUUGACUGCAAGCUCAUAAACAGAUGAUGUUCUGGUGGUAGAUUGCUAGACUCAUUUAGUGAAUUAGCUUAAAAGCUAAAUCAUGAAACCAAAAUUUGAUCUUGAAGUAGAGGCCUCAGCAGAAUAUGAAUCUGAAGCUAGUAGCCAGGUUGAAACCUCUCCAGAAGAGCCUCAUAACCAUUCAGAGCCAAUCUCACUUGACUUAACACUCAAUUUCAACAACAAUGACUUAGUUGUUAAAGAUUCAACAGGAUUCUCGUUCUCAAGCACUAGUGGAAGUAGCAAUGAACUUGCCUCUCAAACUACUACUACCAUCCCAAGAGUUUUCUCUUGCAACUAUUGUCACCGCAAAUUCUAUAGCUCUCAGGCGCUCGGUGGCCACCAAAAUGCACACAAAAGAGAAAGAAUAUUAGCGAAGCGAGCUAUGCGAAUCGGGCUAUUCAAUGAGAGGUAUGCAAGUUUAGCAUCUCUCCCUCUCAAUGGUUCUUUCAGGUCUUUAGGUAUAAAGACACACUCUUCUCUACACCAUGGUUUUUCGCCACCAACAAUAUUAAGGCCUAAUCCUGAAAUAAAAAGUAACGUAAGAAUCAAGCAAGGAUAUAUUGGUCAUUCGAUAUUCGCGGAGGAUGAAGAAGCGGAACUGUUGUGGCAAGGUAGUUUCCAUCAUGAGGGAGCUGGUAAUACUCAUCAGAGUUCAAAUCUUUGUUAUAAUGAGGUGGAUGUGAAACCAUUGGUUGACAUAGAGAAUUCAGCACCUGAAUUAACAUUGAAACUUUGAAAGGGUUAUAUUAUUUGGUAUUUUACUUUCUGUUAUUGUUAUAUAAGAGCUCUGCGAAGAUAAAUUUGAAACAUAUAUGUAUGUCAACUAUAUAAUAUAUAUAAAUCAUGUUUAUUUUUGUA